AUGGCUAUUAAGGGGGAUGUUAGUAUUCAAACGGUCGCCUCCAGAUUCAAAGCUGUCUUUGGUGAGGAGAGGCGACAUUCAUUGCAUAAUCUUCAUGGGCACAAUCCACUGAGUAGCAUUGAAGGUGGGCUGGGUAUUUUAAGUGGGGCCCAAAAGAAUGUUGAAUUUAGGUCUGAUUCUAAACUGGAACAGCUGGAGGACCCAAUGCAGUAUGAGGCAUGUGCAGGGCAAGAACACAAACAUAAGGCCAACUCAAAAGUGGUAGAAGGUCGUGGAAACGUCAAGCAAGGACAAGAAGCUUUUCAACCAAUCCACAUGGAGGGGAUACGAGUGUAG